AUGCCUCAAAACUCUAUUCCACAAAAUUUUAUGUCUUUAAGCUCUAUGCUUCAAAAUUCGAUUAAUCUACCUUUAAGCCCAUCACAUACAACGUCACGAAAAUAUCGACCCCUUCAUUCCAAUACCCCACCAUCCACUGGAAUCUCAUGUGACAACAACUUGAGCUCUACACAUUGUUGGAAGAGACAAAUUCUGCAUAGCCCAAGUAUGCAAGAUAUACUCCCAUUUUUUGUUAUCACAGCUACGGCUAGACUUCUCUGCAUAAUGAAGCUUUUCGCAUCACCCGUUGUAGGCAUUGUGAGUCUGUAUCUUACAUUACCAACCACGGUGGUAAAAAAAACCAUGGUCUGUGAUGCAAGUAUGGUGAAUAUGCUUGGUAAUGAGGAAAUUCUUGGUGGUGGUGAAAUACGUAGGAGGGUUUUGUCACUGAAUUCCCAACAGGACAUCAGAGCCCAAAAGGCUUUGAAGAGGACGUUAAAAGAGGCUUUUAUCUUCGAUAACACUUACCAAGCUGAUCUUAUGGAACAGCUGAAUAAGAAGGGGAAGGCUAAGGAACCAUCGCAGCAAUCACAACCACAACCGCAAAUAGAAAAGAUCAAGGAAGAUGAUGGGCUUUAUAUCGAAGGAAUGACCAGUUCAGUGGGUGCACAUGUCAAAAAAUCAGCAUUAUCAUUGUACAACAAUUACUAUGAAGAUAAUAAUGCAAAGCCAACUAUAACACUUGGUCUUAAUAGCAUCCUUGAUUUGUCAUACGAUUUUCCUGAUUCCCAGUCUAUUCUAUUUGCAUCCAACCAAUGGCACGAUCUCAGGCGCAUGCUUAAAUUAAACAAGGAUACCAAGCAAGUCGUCAUUAGCACGAAAUUACAAUUAAUGUUGGAUAAAGCGGAAAUUAUGGCCAAGACUGAUCUUUCAUCGGCUAGUGAUUUCGUUUUUAAGAAUCUUUACAAGUAUAAGGCUAGACUAUCUCAAGAUGAAGCUUAUGUACUAUUGCAUUUAGUAAAAUUCUGGGGGCCACUUAUGGAGAAGCUAAUUCAAAAGACUGGUUUAAGGCUCAAAUGGGGUGAAAGCUCAUGCUCUUUUAUCCCCAGCCGUUUGCGUGCCGACGUCAGGAUAAUUUAUGAUAAGCAAGAAGGAAAUAUGAAUAAGGAAUAUGACAUGAUGGAUAUUGAAGCUAGCCGAAUCUCACCAAGCAGACAGAAGUUUGAUUUCGAUCAUACCAAGUUGCUUGUUAAAACGAAGGAUAUAAUUGACUCGCUUGAAGAUAAUGUUGAUAAGGAAUUAUGUUGCAUCCAAUUCUGUGGAUUGGAAAAAGUGUAGAGUGUCGUGUCCCAAAAAGUUCCCAGUGAUAACUGCUUUGGAAUUGUACAAAUACAGUCCGAAACAUCAAUUUAACACAUUAUAUGUAAACAACCUAGUUGGCCACCUAUCAAUACCUCCUGCGGUCAUUAAUUUUCAGUUCAUACGAUCUCUUUGUACCACACUUAUCGAAACUCGUAACGAUUGGAUCAAGCUUCAAAAACACACCAUCAUUAUUAAAAAUAGUCCUAAAGCUGCCUAUCCUGGCCUAAGUAAUGAAAAGCAGCAAGAUACUAUUCUUUUAAAAAGCCCAUCAUGGUAUCCUCCCCAGUGAUAGCUGCUUUGGAAAACGGUAAAAUUUGAAAAAAGUGAAAAGUGUCGUGUACGUUCCCGACCCAAUCAGAAGGCAUUUUAGUCAAGC